AUGUUCCCAAAGGUCGCUCUCGUCGCUUUCUCUCUCGCUGCCGCCGCCUUCGGUCAGCAGGUCGGAACCCUCACUGCUGAGACCCACCCAACUCUCUCUGUGCAGCAAUGCACGGGUACCGGCGGAGGAAGCUGCUCCAAUCUUGCCAGGUCUGUAGUUCUCGACUCCAAUUGGCGCUGGCUCCAUACUACCUCUGGCUCCGACAACUGCUACGAUGGAAACACAUGGGACACUUCUCUGUGCCCGGACGCCAAGACCUGCGCGUCUAACUGUGCUCUCGACGGAGCAGACUACAGUGGCACCUACGGAAUCACCACUUCCGGAAACGCUCUGACGCUCAAGUUCGUCACUAACGGUCCAUACUCAAAGAACAUCGGCUCCCGUGUCUACCUGCUCGAAUCCGAGUCCAAGUACCAGAUGUUCAACUUGAAGAACCAGGAGUUCACAUUCGACAUCGACAUGUCGCAGCUCCCAUGUGGUCUGAACGGUGCUCUGUACUUCUCUGAGAUGCCCGCAGACGGUGGUAUGGCCCAAUUCUCCGCCAACAAGGCUAACGUCGCGGGCUGGGAACCUUCUCCUAACGAUUCAAACGCCGGAAAGGGACAAUUCGGUACCUGCUGCAGCGAAAUGGAUAUAUGGGAGGCCAACAACAUGGCUGCUGCCUUCACCCCUCACCCCUGUACCGUGACAGGCUUGACGCGCUGCUCGGGCAAUGAUUGUGGCGACGGUGACAACAGAGCGGGCGGUGUCUGUGACAAGGAUGGUUGCGACUUCAACUCGUUCCGCAUGGGAGACACUUCGUUCCUCGGCAAGGGCAAGACCGUCGACACGAUGAAGAAAUUCACGGUUGUGACCCAGUUCGUCACCUCGGAUGGGACUGCUAAUGGUGACCUCACGGAGAUCCGCCGUGUGUACGUGCAAGAUGGCAAGGUUAUCCAGAACUCCAAGGUCAACAUCCCGGGUAUGUCAUCAGACAUGGACUCCAUCACCACCGAUUUCUGCUCCGCACAAAAGACUGCUUUCGGCGACACCAACUCGUUCGCGAACAAGGGUGGUCUCCGUGCCAUGGGUGACGCCUUUGGUCGUGGAAUGGUCUUGGUCAUGAGUGUUUGGGAUGACCACGAGGCGAAGAUGUUGUGGCUCGACAGUGACUACCCCACCGACAAGUCUGCGUCCACCCCCGGUGUUGCUCGUGGAGAGUGUGCCACUACAUCCGGCAACCCCACGGACGUCGAGUCGCAGAACGCCAAUUCGCAGGUGACAUUCUCGAACAUCAGAUUCGGCGCCAUUGGGUCGACAUUCGGUGCCGGCGCUUCGAACCCCGGCUCGCCGCCACCCACCAACACUGGAAGCACGAGCCAGCCCGCUCCUUCUAGCACUGCAGGCGCUUGGGGACAAUGCGGUGGUCAAGGUUGGACUGGUCCCACUGCUUGCGUCUCCGGAUACACUUGCACUGUCAGCAACCCAUACUACUCUCAGUGCCUGCCGCACUAA